CAGUUACCGGAAUAAAGCAUUUGACUAAAGUUUGAACAUUUUUUUGAAUAAAACAGUUCUCUACAUUUAAAACAACUUUUAUAUAACAAAAUGGAAGAUUGUGAAGCAAAUCAAAACACCUGUAGAUCGGAUUUUCACACAACCGAUAUUGAAUCUUAUCGGAAACUUGUACUUCAACUUUCAAGUCUUCGCCGGUACAAAUCAGCUUUAUUUUGGGCUGAAAAAGUAGUCGUACUCUCAAAACAUUACCCUAAAGAUGUAUACCAGUUAGCUCAAUGCAUGUUUAUGCUUAGUGAAUAUAAUCGUGCAGCUCACGUCAUUAAAUCAAGUGGACUCGAAAAGACAAAUCUUUUAUGCUUCACUCUGCUUAUCGAAUGUCUUUAUGCUUCAAAAGAUUACCAAGAUGCUUUGAAUUUACUAACAUCUACGGAAAUUGAAGAUCUCAAUACGUCACUUCACAAUGAUUCAGAAAUGGAUUCAUUAGUUAGUCCAGUUAACGAUGCAAAUAAGAAUGAUGUGUUAGCAUCUCUUUAUCUUCUGAAAGCCAAAAUUCUGGAAUCUAUGGACAAGAGAACUCUGGCUAUUGACUGCUACAUUCAAGCACUCCAAAAAUCUGUCUACUUAACUGAAGCACUUGACGCUUUAAUGCAACAUGAAAUGCUCAUGGCUUGGGAAGAAAAAGAUUUGAUAAGUCACAUUUUGCCUUCACCACAACAAGGAAAUGAAGCUGAUUUGAAGAUAUUAAAACAUUUGUAUGAAAGUAAAUUGAAAAAGUAUUACACAGCUCAGACUCAGAUAAAUCAUCCAGAAAAAACUCCUAACAAUACUCAACUGCUUAAUGUUAUCAAUGAAAAAAUUAAAAAGAGUGAAUUACUUGAAAAUAGAAAGUCAAUUGGACUUUCAACUUCAACAACCAUCAAAGGUACGAUGAAGUUGUUCAGUUCACCAUCACCACUUGGGAUUAUGUCACCAGCUAACAAAAUUCUUUCUGAGCUUAAAAACACUUCGUCUUCAUCAUUUUCAAUUCAGUCGAGUUUAUCGCGAAUUUCAAUGUUAAAUACAAGCCGAACAGUAAAUACCAGCAAAAUAACAUCAGCAAGUACAAUUAAGAAUCCAACCAAUUGUAUUACUGCAUCAAAAGCUCUUCAAUUGCUUGACAAUAGCGUAGACGUUAUGGUUUCACAUGCAGAGGAAUUGUUUUAUAAUUGCGAAUAUAAACAAUGUAUUAAAAUAAUUGAAGCAAUUUUAGAACGUGAUCCUUAUCACAAGAAGACAUUAUUUGUUCAGAUUGGAUGUUUGAUGGAAUUGAAGGAUUCCAACGGACUCUUUUACAUGGCUCAUAAACUUGUAGAUUUAUAUCCGGAUGAAGCAAUUGCUUGGUACGCUGUUGGCUGUUAUUACGAUCUCAUUAAUAAAACAGAACAAGGGCGCAGAUAUUUAACAAAAGCAGCAACACUUGAUCGUCUUUUUGGACCGGCAUGGCUUGCUUAUGGUCAUUCAUUUGCUAAAGAGAAAGAACAUGAUCAAGCAAUGGCUGCUUAUUUCAAGGCAACGCAACUCAUGCGUGGAUGUCAUUUGCCACUUCUUUAUAUCGGCGUUGAAUGUGGGCUCACAAAAAAUUUUGAAAUGGCUGAGAAAUUCUUCUAUCAAGCAAUGUCGUUGGCACCUCUUGAUGUGUUUGUUCUACAUGAAUUGGGUGUUAUAAAAUAUGAAUCGGAAGCUUGGGAAGAUGCUGAGGAAAUCUUCAGAACAACAUUAAAUAUGGUGACUGAAAUGUGUAAGAGAAAUAAUGAACCUUUAAGUGAUCGAUGGGAGCCGCUUCUUAAUAAUCUCGGUCAUAGCUGCAGGAAAAAUAAGAAGUUAUCAGAAUCACUUUCAUAUCAUACUAAGGCAUUGUCUUUAAAGCCUCUAAAUCCACAAACGUACACUGCGAUAGGUUUUGUUCACGCGCUCAUGGGAAACCUCAAUAAAGCUGUUGAAUCAUUUCACAAGAGUUUGUCAUUAAAACGUGAUGACGCAAUUACAAGCACAAUAUUGAAGACAGUUCUUGAAGACUUAGUUGAGGAAAUGGUCGAGGAAGACAUGACACCAAUAGCAGAAACAACAAUCUUUCCAAAAGUUAAUUCUGGACUUUCAGAUGAUGCAAAAGAAUCUAGUGACACUUUCAGAAAACUUAAGUUUGAGGAUAAUGAGUCUGAUAUGAGCUUAGAUACAUCAAACUUUAAAGAUUGUGCUGGAAGUCUUACUGGUUCGGAUAUAUUGCAGAAGCACUCCAUCAAUUCACUGUUGGAGCACAACGAAAUGAUCUUACCAACCGAAGCUGACAACAGCAAUCUUACGUUCGCAGAUUUAUUUGGCAACAUGGCAACGUCGACACCAAUGAAGGGAAACAUUCAGAAUGGAUUUAAUUCACAUAAUGGCAACAACAGCAAUUACAUUCCAACGACAACGCCGAAGAAUUCAUUUGAAAGCUUUCAGUUCGACAAUCGUUCGCUUCAACGCAACAUGAGUUAUGAAUGUAAUGUUACAACCCCAACCACCCCAAGUACACCUGGCUCAUCGAAAGUCUUUCAGAAUUCACCGCCGUCAUUCGGUAAUGAUUCUAACAACAGUCGUUCGUCAUAUGAGAGUUUUUAUAAUUUGAGUCGAUCAAACUCACCAAUCAUCAACGACUCACAAGAUUUAACUUCAAAUUCGUUCGAGAAUCGAAGUUUGAUGGAAUUGAUGAAUAUUCUUCAAUUAAAUUCCCCAACCCAAUCACAGCAACAUGAAGUUCAACAACGUCAACAAGAGCAACAAUGCUAUCAAUACUCACAAGCUGAGCUUAAACAACUUCAAGCUUUCCAAGCCUUUCAAUUACUUCAGCAACAACAAAAUCAUCAACUUCCACAGUUGAAUUCACCGCCAAUCCAACAAAUUCUGCAACAGCAGCUUUUAAACCGAUUCAAUCAAGUUCAGCAACUUCAAAUUUGGCGUCAAAGUCCAUCGAAUAAUAACAAUAAUAACAACAAUAACAGUGGCAAUAAUACAGCAUUAGAUCAUGCUGCUAAAUACCAUCGCACAUCAGCUGCUUUAUACGAUGCCAGCUGUACAUGGAGUGGAGUUUUACCACCUCGUUCUCAUCGCUUUAUCACAUAUUCGCCGAAAGUUUUCUUGGGUGGAAUUCCUUGGGAUAUUAGCGAACAGACAUUGAUGCAGAUCUUGAAACCUUUUGGUCAAAUUCGAAUUGAAUGGCCAGGAAAAGAACAAAACGUGGCACAACCAAAAGGCUAUGUUUAUGUCAUAUUUGAAUCGGAGAAACAAGUAAAAGCUUUGUUACAGGCUUUCACAAUUCAAGACACGUUCUCAGGAUCGUCAAGUGGAGAAUCGACUGGAUCCAUUACAAGUCUUUGUAAUUCAUCGGUUUCUGGAAAUACCAAUGGUAAUUAUUAUUAUAAAAUCUCUUCGAAAAGAAUCAAAGAGAAGGAAGUUGAAGUAAUUCCAUGGAUAAUUGGUGACUCAAAUUACAUCAAGAACACAAAUCAAAAGCUCGACUCAACAAAGACUGUUUUCGUUGGCGCCUUACAUGGCAAAUUGACUGCAGAAGCUCUUGCAAAAAUCAUGAACGAUUUAUUUGACGGAGUUGUUUACGCUGGAAUCGACACAGACAAAUAUAAAUAUCCAAUUGGAUCUGGACGUGUCACGUUUAACAAUACGCGCUCUUAUAUGCGAGCUGUGUCUGCUGCCUUCAUUGAAAUCAAGACAUCAAAGUUUACGAAGAAAGUUCAAGUUGAUCCGUACUUGGAAGAUUCACUUUGUUCAUUAUGUGGCGUUCAACAUGGACCAUAUUAUUGUCGUGAGUUGUCAUGCUUUCGUUAUUUCUGUCGUCAAUGUUGGCAAAUUCGUCAUAUAAAUGACAUUCAUUUGCGCAAUCAUAAACCAUUAACGCGCAACUCGAAGACACAACAAAUUGUCGGUGUUGGACCAAAUGCCUUUCCAUCGUUAUCGUUUGGGAGUUCAAGUUCGGGAAGUAAUCCAGAAUCACCAUCAUCGCCAGCAGGAGGUAACAGUGGAAUGAAUCCAUUGAUGGGCUAUGGUCACAAGUAAAAUUUCCAGCAAGAUCAAAGUCAAGUCGGUUCGUUUAAGUUUCUUCUUUUUUUUUUUUUUGAUUUCAUCUUUAACAAAUUGUGAUCAGCUUCGUCUUUUGUGACAAAACUUUCAUGUCACAACAUAAUAACAGACAUUUAGGCUACUUAUCUUUUCUCAAGACACGAAGCAAUUGACUUCCAAUAUAUUUUUGAUUAAAUAUUAAUCCACAAUCUCCCUUCUUUAAUUUGUUUUGGUGCAGUGAAACAAACGAACAAUUAAAUUAGAAAACAAAAAGAAAUUAUUAUUAAGCUGCUGGAAAUUUUUUCGCUUCGUACUAUUUUUGUUUUUCUUAAGAUCCGCGAGCUUUUCAUCAUUGAAAAGCGUCCUUGAAUUUUCGUGGGAAAAAAGAUUUUUCUUUUAGUUUUAAGGAAGACUACAAAGAGAAAAAAAGUGUAAAAAAUCGUUGAAGGAAAAAAAUUUGUUGUCGAUAAUCAUCAAUGAUUAUCGAUUUUAACAUGUUUAAUGCGUUCAAGUUUUUUAAGAGAAAAUUCCAUUUGAAAAUGGUCUCACAACUUGUGAAUGAUUAAAAAGAACAAUGAAAGCGUUUAAGAAAUAUUUUUGCGAAGGAAGAAUUUCCAAGAGUCGAUUGGAAGAAAUUGUUCAAAAUUUUUGCUGCGUUUUGUUUUCAAUUCACUUGAAAAGAAGGAAAAAAGUGUGUAUGAUCAUAAAAAUCGUACUUUGUUAAUUAUUUUUCUCUAUGUUCAAUCUUAUGUAAUUUUUUUUUUCUAAAUUCCACAUAAAUGACAAACAACGCAAAAUGCAACACAAAAAUAUUAAUUUUUAAGAUAAUAAAAAGAAAGAAUCUUUUCUAAUGCUCAUUUUGUGCCAAUGACAACUUGUAAUAAAGCAACGUUGUAAAAACUAACAUGUCUAACACUUACUAAUCGGCGAUUCAACAAAUAAAACGCCUUUCAAUCAAUAUUAAAACAUCUUGUAAUUUAAAACUACAUUUUUUAAGUCGAAAGAAAAUUGUUAAUGCUUAUUAAUAAAUAAUAAUAAAAUUGCUAAAAACAUCUAAUCAAAUCACUAACAAAAGAUUCUUUAUUAAGAAAACUUUUAUCAAAUGCGUUGUUCUAUAAGUUUUUGUAUCUUUAAUUUUGUUAUAUUCUGAAAGAAAAAAAAUGAAACAUUUGUAAAAAACAAUUUCGAAACAUUGGCACCCCUAAGAAUCUCUGAAAAAUGAUUUGUUAUUGAAAACUAUUCAGUCAAUAAAAUAUAAAUUUAUAUCUCG